UGCUCAAACGCAUGCUGUUGGCCACCAGGGUGUGAUACGACAUAUCAUAUUCACAGGUAAAUAAGUGGUAUUAAAGACAACACACACGUGUGCUCAGCAGUAGAAGAGGAAUGGCGUCAUCAGCUAAAGCGAGUUGUCUUCUUGUAAUCAGCGCAAAGGAAGGAGUUCCAGCACAGUCUUUCAUACAUGCUUUCACGUUAUGUCAUUCAGCAUUCAGUGUGCAGUUGGCAUCACCAGAUAGAAAGCCAAUUGACUUCAUUGAACAAGAUGAGAGCAGCAAACGAUGGUUAAAUGAAUUUAAGAGUAAGCCGUUCUCAACACCUGUCAAGUUGGAUACAAUUGAUGCAACUCGUUACUCAGCUCUUCUACUCAUUGACUGUCCUGGUGCUCUGUAUGAUCUAUCUCAUAAUCAGGAUCUGGCUCAGAUACUGCAGCAUUUCAAAUCACAAACAAAGCCUGUGUGUGCAAUUGGUAUGGGUGUGGCUGCCUUAUGUUGUGACAAAGAUGUGAAGACUCCUGGAGCUAAGUGGGCGUAUAGUGGCUAUAGUUUGACUGCGCCUUCAGUGUAUGAGCUUGCUCGAUCACCUACCUUCUCUAAUUUACCAAUAAUAUUGGAGGACUAUAUCAAGGACAAUGGCGCUACAUACAGUGCUAGUGUAGUGGAUGCAGUGCAUGUUGUAGUGGAUCGACAUUUGAUAACAGGCCAGAAUGAGAUGUCAACAUUAACAGCUGUGCAGAAUCUGAUCCUACUGUGUAAUGCCAAACAGGGUAAGGCAGGAGUGAAGUAGACAUUAAUGAGAUGACAACUCAUCACAUGUUCAACUCAUCCAACCAAUCAGAGAACACUCUCCUUCAACAAAGGUCAAAGGUCAGGUAAACUCCUUAAAAAAAUCAUCUCUUGACAGCUAUCUUGAGGCCUAUGGGUUACUGUGCAAGGCAAGUUGGAUAGUUCAUUGGUUUCAUGACCAGAAAGAUAUAAUAAUAGUCACUUGCAAAAAAAACACGAAAAAGCUUUUUCAUGCUAGGAAGAGAGAGUUUGAGAGUUAAUCAAUAAAUACUUUUUACAUUGUUACAUAUUGUACAUAUGAGAAAAAUAUUGUAUACUGCUUGUGCAAGGAAUCUAUAAAAUGGCCUAAUCCAUCAGAGUAUUUUGCCAACUCAAUUACCAAAAUCUCUGCGUUUCAGUCCAUGAAUAUCAAAAUGAAGUAUCAAAGAUAGACCAAUAUGGAAAACUGUAAGGUAAUCUGUAUACAAUCCCGGCCAAAAUGCUUGGGCCACCCAUUCCUAAGGUUACAUAAAGCCGUUCCCUUUUCACUUCCCACUGACAAUAAUCAUUUCCCCUGUCCCCUCGCUCUUGUUGACUGGGGCGCAGAAGACUGUGCAAUCAGAACAUUGAAAGGGGGCAGGGGAGCCAAGGAGAUAUGGCUGGGAUUGUAGACUAAAAGCUUCCCCUUUGACCAAGUUGAGUGAGACUGAAACUUGGGCAAAUGCCUGGGAUGGAUUUUAGGUCACCUAGGUUCUUGGUAAACAAUGCUAUCAAACUGAAAUUGUGUUUUGGGUUUUUUUUUUUUUUUUUCAAUGAUGAGCUGAUACAGCUUUUCAGCGGUUCCUGAGCACAGGAUUACCUUUUAAAAAAAUUGCUUUCAGCCACUUUAGUUUAAAAAGUAAAUAACAGUAAGAAUGUAUUUUUUUAUUAAGCUAAGACUAGAUCUUGAGACAAAACAGGUCACUGUUCACAUCUGGCCAACAUACAUGUAAAGGAAACAUCAAGUUAUGAAACAUGUUACAUAGUGGUUGGGGAAGAGAGAAAGUAGGUAAUGUUUUACCUAAUUCCUGAAGUUGGUCAUUACCUUACAUAGGACUACAGUUCAUUCGCCGUUGUUUUUGAGAUGAGUGCAUUAUUGCAAUUAUUUAAAGGCACAGGGUUGGGACAGAUAUCACUAGAGAUCCCAAAUUGGGUGUUGAAAGAUAAAGCUGUGAGUUGGUAGAAUGGUAAAUUUUGCUUUCAUUUUAAGCUAGUGCAGAUUGCAGAGAGUUUGGGUAUUUGUAAGAAACCUUCAUCCACUUUGUGUCAAUCUGUGCAACAUUGCAUUACUUCUUAGAGUGUAGUGGCAUAGAGUGCUCAGUUAUGGCCUGAAAUCCUACUCUAACAGAGUCAGGAUCAGAGGCGCAGUUUGAUGGAUCAAUGAAUUCAGUAGCCGUUAUUGGAUGGAUCAUCCCUUCAGCUUGGAAAGCUGCAAGCCUAUUAUGCGAGAGAGAAUGCUGGGAUGAUAAAAAUAAUAACUUAAUUUAUAAUUGUAGGCAGCGCUGUUCAAAGACGCAUGACAAUAUAUGU